UCUUCCGCCCACUGCAGCGGAAUGGCAAUUGCUUCGGAACGGGAAUCAGUUAGACAGCGAUUAGUCGAUAGAUUCAUGUCCACCGGCAAUACAGAAUGUCUGCAUCUUUGGGCGUAUAAUACCCGACCAGUAGGAGCACACUGGUUGCUGCUUGCUAUAUACCCUAUAAGGGAAGUCGUGUAUUAUCUGAAUUCGAUAAAUGGUGAAUGGACCAAUUAUCCGGCCAUGAAGGACAUCGUUGAUUUAUCAAUACAAGUGUUCCGAAGUCAACGGGACGCACAGGUAUCCCGAACUAAAUCUAACAACAUUACUUGGAUCCAAGUGCAGGUACAUUAUUUUUCACAAUGUUGCUUAUAAUAUAUUUAUGCUACUUGAUAAAACAAUGCACAACUAUAGAAUCUUAUUUGUUUUUCUAUGUAGUGUCCGCAACAGCGAAACAGUUACGAUUGCGGAUACUUUGUAUUGAGGUUUAUGAAAGAAAUCCUUCAGGCAAAUCAAUUAGAGAUUCC